GGCCCUACUCCCCACCCUCACCUCUCACCCAGGCCACUGGUCCCCUAACGAGGGGGACUUCUCUGACGCCUUCUCGGCAGUGAUGCACCUUGUCCUCUUCCCAGGGACAGCUGGCUUGGGAGGCGGUUUGGGGCGGAGGUGGGGUGCAGGGUGACUGGUUUCCGUGUCAGGGAUGCGGUCCUCUGUAAUGAGGAGUGGGCGUGGGUGUGGGUGCAGCAAGAGUGUACUUGCACACGUGUCCGUGUGUGGCUGUGCUAAGAUUAUUUGCAUGUGGAGUGUGUGUGGAGUGGGGGAUGUGUGGGACUGACUGGUUUGCGGACUGGCCACACUGCUGGCGGCUCGGGCUGUCCUCCUGAGGUUAGUUUCUCUUUCCGGGAUCCCAGAUCUUGAACCCUCUUACUGGUUGUCUGACAUUAGGGCAUACUUACUGCUGUGGGCAUCCAGGGGCUGAGGGCUCAGCUGUAUCUAUUGUUUGCAGUUUGUUCAUUUCUGGUCUGUCUUGCGAGCUUCCUCGGAAUUGUGGGGUGCCCUUGGGCCGAGCCAGUGUUGGGGCUCAGGCUGGGGCUGCUGCCUGCCUGCAUGUGGUCCUGCACCCUUUGGUUCGGCUCCCACUCCAGUAGACAUCUCUGCACCAUUUGGAGCUGGCAGCUGUGCCCAUCUUUCUGAAGGCUCCACUGCCCAGAUCUGUGUUUGCUGAGGGAAUCUACCUGCUGUCUGCUGGUCUCAGGCCUGUGGCUAAGGGAAGCCCACCCCUACUUUGAUGACCAGGUCAAGCUGGUGUUGCCCAUCCCCCCAGCAGCUGUCUGUACUACCUUCUGUUUUUCUUAUGCUCCUGAAGAUGAUGGCCUGAGUUCUGUAUUGGCCUGAGGGGCUCUGUUCUCUGUGCCCAGGUCUGUGCCCCCACAGCGUGUGUCCCCUGAGGCUAGAUUUGUCCACAUUCGGGUAGUCGCAUGGCGGGAGCAGCUGAUACUUGUAGGUCAAAGCCUCGAGUAGUGUCUGCCUACCGGGGCAGCCUUGGUAGUGAGUGAGGGGCUCUGGUCAAGUGUGUAGACAGGUUGGCAAGAAUCUUGGAGUUAAUGGGAAUGGCUAGGGCAUAGCCCCCUAUGACUUUUGGCCACCUCUCCCACGCUCUGUGUGUGUGUGUGUGUGUGUGUGUGUGUGUGUGUGUGUGUGUGGUGUGUGUGUGGUGCUGUGGCACAGACCCUGGGAGAAAGUGACCAGUAGGUGACCGGUCCUCAGGGAGUGGUGGUUACUGCCUGUCUGUCACCUUUAGUGAGCCCUGGCAGUCCUUUAUGGUGGUCCAACAGGCUGAGGGGAUGGUGCUGCUUGCUAGGACCUGUCUGGGCCACCCCAGCAUUUCUGAGGAGGCCCUAGGUCACCCUGCUAGGGGAGGUGGUUGAGAUCAGGGCCUCUGUGUCAGUUCUGCUGACUUGAUACAGACCAGUCCUGGGGGUCUGUGGCCGGCCUCUCUGGAGGGGUUAGAAAAGGGGAAGAUUGGGUUGGAUCAGGGUUCUUGGGCGGAAUACAAGAACCUUAGGCUGUGCCUUAAACUCUAAGGGCUGAGCUAGUGCCCAUCUUUCCUUCCUUUUUCUGCUCUGCUCUCUUCCAAGUCAGAGAUAGUGUCCCCACCCCACCCAUUCUGUUCCCUUCACGCCCAGUCCUGUGUGCCUCUCUGAUCUGGGACCCAAAGCUCCACCCACCCCCAGUGGGUGGGACUGCAUGUGGGAAGUGUUUGGAGGGUCCCAGAAGUUCCUAAUCACAGAUGAUGGGUCUUUCCAGAAUGCUUGCAGAGCCGUAUCUCUGUGUACCUUAUGGUAGCUGUGUGGCUAGGCAGGGUAGGACCCCUUAUCACCCCAUUGUAGGCAGACUUGAAGCCUCCAGAUGGUAGAGACUCACCAGUAAUUGGGAACAGAGUCAAAUUUAAGUCCUCCAAAUUCUAGCCCUAUGUCUGAACCUCUCUUCCCAGGCAUUUUGUCCUCGACAAUAGGCUUGGAGAAGAGUUGGAGGUCUAGGGGGCUGUGAACUGGUCUCUGGGGCAGCAGGAAAGCUCUAUAAAUUGGUUGCUCCCUGGACUGAGUGUCUACCCCUGGUGCCAGCCAGCACAUCUCCCCUGCAGAGGCCCCGUCUCUCCCAAGGGACCCCGUAGUCAGGGGCCCAGAGGACAGUGGUGAGCAAAACAAGGCCACUGGGCAGAGGGAGCUGACCUAGGGGUGUUGGGGUGUGGAGCCCAGGAGGGCUGCUGCCCUCUCCUGCCCUUUGGUCAGCCAGGCCCUGCAUGCUAUCCCCUAGGACACUGCAUUUUAAAGGGGCUUGUCCCUUCCCUGCCAGCCCACCCUGCCCAUAUCAGCCUGCUCUGCUCCUCCCCCUUGGGGGCCCCACUUUGGGCUGGGCCCUGGCACUGUAGAGGUUAAGGCCUUGUUCAGUUUGGGGGUUUCUCUUAUCUCCCAGCUGUGCUACUCCUUCCCUUGAUUUCUGAGCUCCCCUGAGCUUCCCCAGCCCCCUGCUUGCCAGCAUCCCAGGGUCUCCCCUGCACGCAGCUGCACUUGGUACAGCCCAUGCCGGCCCCUGAGCUGUCCUGGGGGACUGGCUGCAGCUCCACUCAGCAAACAGGCGGGCGAGGGGCACAGGGCUGCUGGCCGGCGCUGCCUGACUCUGCAGAGGCUCGGGGUGGGCUGGGGGCCCCUCCGCUACAGUCUGCCCGAUCCCUGCCAGGCCCUGCCCCCUGCCUCAAGCACUUCCCGCUCGACCUGCGCACGUCCAUGGAUGGCAAAUGCAAGGAGAUCGCCGAGGAGCUGUUCAGCCGCUCCCUGGCUGAAAGUGAGCUCCGCAGCGCCCCUUACGAGUUCCCGGAGGAGAGCCCCAUCGAGCAGCUGGAGGAGCGGAGGCAGCGCCUGGAGCGGCAGAUCAGCCAGGAUGUCAAGCUGGAGCCGGACAUCCUGCUUCGGGCCAAGCAAGAUUUCCUGAAGACUGAUAGUGACUCGGACUUCCAACUCUACAAGGAGAAGGGUGAGGGGCAGGGUGACCGCGGCCUGUGGGAGCGCGACGCGGUGCUGGAGCGGGAGUUUCAGCGGGUGUCCAUCUCUGGGGAGGAGAAGUGUGGGGUGCCCUUCACAGACCUGCUGGAUGCAGCCAAGAGCGUGGUGCGGGCGCUCUUCAUCCGGGAGAAGUACAUGGCCCUGUCGCUGCAGAGCUUCUGCCCUACCACCCGCCGGUACCUGCAGCAGCUGGCCGAGAAGCCCCUGGAGACACGCACCUACGAGCAGGGCCCCGACACCCCCGUGUCCGCUGAUGCCCCGGUGCACCCACCAGUGCUGGAGCAGCACCCCUAUGAGCACUGUGAGCCGAGCACCAUGCCUGGGGACCUGGGCUUGGGUCUGCGCAUGGUGCGGGGCGUGGUUCAUGUGUACACCCGCAGGGAACCUGAUGAGCACUGCUCAGAGGUGGAGCUGCCAUAUCCCGAUCUGCAGGAAUUUGUGGCAGAUGUCAAUGUGCUGAUGGCUCUGAUCAUCAAUGGCCCCAUAAAGUCAUUCUGUUACCGCCGGCUCCAGUACCUGAGCUCCAAGUUCCAGAUGCACGUGCUGCUCAACGAAAUGAAGGAGCUGGCCGCGCAGAAGAAGGUGCCACACCGAGAUUUCUACAACAUCCGCAAGGUGGACACUCACAUCCACGCCUCAUCCUGCAUGAACCAGAAGCAUCUGCUGCGCUUCAUCAAACGGGCGAUGAAGCGGCACCUGGAGGAGAUCGUGCACGUGGAGCAGGGUCGUGAGCAGACGCUACGGGAGGUCUUUGAGAGCAUGAACCUCACGGCCUACGACCUGAGUGUGGACACACUCGACGUGCACGCGGACAGAAACACCUUCCAUCGCUUUGACAAGUUCAAUGCCAAAUACAACCCCAUUGGGGAGUCUGUCCUGCGAGAGAUCUUCAUCAAGACGGACAACAGGAUUUCUGGGAAGUACUUUGCUCACAUCAUCAAGGAGGUGAUGUCCGACCUGGAGGAGAGCAAAUACCAGAACGCGGAGCUGCGGCUCUCCAUCUACGGGCGCUCAAGGGACGAGUGGGACAAGCUAGCACGCUGGGCCGUCACGCACCGUGUCCACUCCCCCAACGUGCGCUGGCUCGUGCAGGUGCCCCGCCUCUUCGAUGUGUACCGGACCAAGGGCCAGUUGGCCAACUUCCAGGAGAUGCUGGAGAACAUCUUCCUGCCAUUGUUCGAGGCCACCAUCCACCCUGCCAGCCACCCGGAGCUGCAUCUCUUCCUGGAGCAUGUGGACGGCUUUGACAGUGUGGAUGAUGAGUCGAAGCCCGAGAACCAUGUCUUCAACCUGGAGAGCCCGCUCCCUGAGGCUUGGGUGGAGGAGGACAACCCGCCCUAUGCCUACUACCUGUACUACACCUUCGCCAACAUGGCCAUGCUGAACCACCUUCGCAGACAGAGGGGCUUCCAUACGUUCGUGCUGAGGCCACACUGCGGGGAGGCGGGGCCCAUCCACCACCUGGUGUCGGCCUUCAUGCUGGCUGAGAACAUCUCGCACGGGCUGCUUCUGCGCAAGGCCCCGGUCCUGCAGUACCUGUAUUACCUGGCCCAGGUUGGCAUUGCCAUGUCCCCGCUCAGCAACAACAGCCUCUUCCUCAGCUACCAUCGGAACCCGCUCCCCGAGUACCUGUCCCGUGGCCUCAUGGUCUCGCUGUCCACGGACGAUCCCCUGCAGUUCCAUUUCACCAAGGAGCCGCUGAUGGAGGAGUAUAGCAUCGCCACCCAGGUGUGGAAGCUCAGCUCCUGUGACAUGUGCGAGCUGGCACGCAACAGUGUGCUCAUGAGUGGCUUCUCCCACAAGGUGAAGAGCCACUGGCUGGGCCCCAACUAUACCAAGGAGGGCCCUGAGGGCAACGACAUCCGCCGCACCAACGUGCCGGACAUCCGCGUGGGCUACCGCCACGAGACCCUGUGCCAGGAGCUGGCGCUCAUCACGCAGGCCGUGCAGAGCGAGAUGCUGGAGACCAUCCCGGAGGAGGCGGGCAUCACCAUGAGCCCCGGGCCUCAGUGAGCCCGGCCCCUGCGGUGCCCUUCAUCUCGGCACCUUGCCCAUGCUCUGUCUGCAGACCCUCCCAGCCUGUUCUGGUCUCUGCACGUGUCGUUCUUCCUUGUUCUGUCCUGCAUGUUUCCACCUGUGUCUGUCCCUGUGCUGCCCCGGGCCAAGUGGAGCCGCUUUGCCCUCGUCUUGGCUCACGUGGCACCUGAGGGCCCAGGUUUGAGGUCUGCCCCACCGGAAGCUCUGUCCCAGGAUCCUCUGAAGCCUGACCGGUCCUUUGGGCAUCUGAGAGCUCAGGAUGGUUGUGGGGGGCUGGCCCCUCUAACCCUUGGGGUCCUGCUUGGGCAAAUUCAGCCUUUGACUGGAGCUUGAAUUUAGGCCCCCGUCUUGUUUAUGUGGCCGGGGAGGCAGUCAGGUGUGGCCUGUACGCGUAUGUUGUUGUGGGCAUGGGCCGCCUGGGAUCUGUGAGCUCCCCCAGCUCCUCGGCAGGUAGGGUUGGCUGAGUCCCAGCCUUGGCUUCCUGGACUCAGGCCCUGGAGGUGCUGGACCACCACCUCUGCCGAGUCACUGCCCAGCAGCUCUCUCUGUUCUUUUCUGGUCUGUGUGCUCCUCUGGUGUCAGCUUCUGGUGCCUCUGUGGGAGGGGGCAGCCGCCCUGUGCCGUGUCCGGGACCCUUGUAGCAGGAGGGUCCCGGAUCUGCCACCGGCCCUGAGGGUAGUAACCCCACUGUGAUCCCCAGAGUUUUGACCACACCUGGAUCCCCCCUGGUCCCCUGUGUUGUGAUCUGGACUGAGGCCUUUGCUGUGAAAUGCAGUGUUUCAUACAAUCCCAUCUUUCCUAGUGCAUGAGAAAUAAAGAUUAUUUAAGUAAUGAG